GGAGUAGGCAGGAAUGGGGUACUGAUUGUGGAUGAUCAGCCAUGACCACAUUGAAUGGCUGUGCUGGCUCAAAGGGCCGAAUGGCCUACUCCUGCACCUAUUGUCUACUGUCUAUACUGCUUUUGACCGAGUUAUAGUUACUGCUACUGUCUCUCCCUUCAUUUGUGAUUUAUCGUGGGCAGUAUGUGCUAACCGUGAAAUGUGAAUGCCGCAAUCAUGUUGAUAAGUCAUUGUUAGAUUUAUGUACUGCUAGGAGUAAAGCAACAAGAAAUGUGCAUGGAUGUCGAUGUGACACUUUAAUUUUGUUUUCACAGACUGACUAACUUAGCAAACUGCAGUUGUAAUAUACUGCCAUUGGCAAUAUGUAAGCCCUGUGUUAAUAUAAAAAGAUUGUUAAUUCAUCUCGUAUUAAUACCUACAUUCCCUGAAUAAACCUUGUUAUUUUUACAACCCUGCAAUCAACCAGCUUUCUUUUAUUAUAUUUUCUAGGUGCAUUUCUGAUUCCUUACACAGUCAUGCUGGCACUCGCUGGGAUGCCAAUGUUUUUCUUGGAAUCAUCUUUUGGGCAGUUUGCCAGCCUUGGGCCUGUUGCAGUGUGGAAAGCUGUGCCAAUACUACAAGGUGUGGGUGUUGCUAUGCUUCUCUUUGAAGUAUUUGGCAAUAUUUCUUAUUGCUGCAUCAUCGCCUACAGCCUGUUCUACCUGUUUGCUUCCUUCCAAUCCCCCCUGCCGUGGUCAGACUGCUUCAGCUGGUGGGGUGCGGAUGAAACCUGCAGCAAGACACCCCGAGAUCUGCUCUGCAAUUUCACCCUGGAUGGUGAAUACUUUGGGAUUGUUAAUACAACAUGGUUGAACACAAACAACAAAACUUGCUCAGAUGGAUCAGAAGUCUACAUUCCUCACCAUGGACCAAGUGAGCAAUACUGGGAUAAAGCGGUUUUACGACGAUCAAGUUCCAUGGAGGAGACAGGGGAGAUCGUGUGGCAUUUAGCCCUGUGUCUACUUCUAGCCUGGUUGAUCGUUGGAGCUGCCUUGUCCAAAGGAAUCAAAUCUUCAGGAAAGGUGGUUUAUUUCACUGCAACAUUUCCAUAUGUGUUUCUGAUCAUACUUCUUAUUCGAGGAGUUACCCUUGAAGGAGCCUAUAAAGGGAUUGAAUUCUACAUUGGAUCUAAAUCCGAUUUCUCUAAGCUGGCUGUUGCUGAGGUCUGGAAAGAUGCUGCAAUACAGAUUUUCUUCUCCUCGUCAGUGGGUUCUGGCACUCUAAUAACCCUGUCAUCCUACAACAAAUUCCACAACAACUGUUACAUCGACACCAUCAUUGUCUGUGUGGUGAACUGUGCCACGAGCGUGUUGGCUGGAUUUGUCACCUUCUCAAUCCUUGGACACAUGGCUCAUGUACAAGACAAGCCCAUUUCAGAUGUGGUACAGUCAGGUUUCGGUUUGGCUUUCAUCGCCUACCCGGAGGCUCUUGCACAGCUGCCUUGGGCUCCUCUAUGGUCCAUUUUGUUUUUCUUCAUGCUGCUUACUCUUGGACUUGACUCUCUGUUUGCAGCUGUAGAAAAAGUUAUAACCAUUCUGCAGGACCAGUUCCCUCUGUUUCUGAUAUCAAAGCGCCUGAGACUGACAACUGCCAUUUGCUUGUUAUUUUAUUUUCUUGGCCUUGUAUGUGUAACACAGGCAGGGAUUUACUGGAUAAACUUAAUUGAUCACUUUUGUACGGGAUGGGGCCUCAUUAUUUUAGCUCUGCUGGAACUCGUCGGUCUCAGCUGGAUUUAUGGAAUAAACAGAUUCAUCAAGGACAUUGAGAUGAUGAUUGGGGAAAAGAACUGGCUCUUCUGGCUGUGGUGGAGAGUGUGUUGGCUCGUUAUAUCUCCGUGCUUGCUUUUGGCAAUUUUAUCCUGGUCUUCAGCAACUUUUUCUCGACCAACAUAUGGAUCUGUUCAGUACUCUGAACAGGCGACAACACUUGGCUGGUGUAUGAUCACCUUCUGCAUUAUGUGGAUCCCCAUCAUUGCCAUUGUGAGAGUUGCCCAAGCUGAAGGCUCCACCUUAUGGCAGGGACAGAGCAGGUGAAGGAGAUUGAAGCAGCAUUCCUGGAGACGAAGCAGGAGACUGUGGCACAGGCAAAGUCUUCACUGGCAGAGGAGCCGUUGCGGACGCAGUUUGUGGUGCUGGUAGAGGCGGAAGAGUGCCGCUAGGCACAGAUGGAAGUGUACUAGUACGGUCUUGAUAAUACGUAGGAGGAACUGGCUCAUUCACAGACAGGAUAUGUGGUGGCAGUGGCCUACUUAUUUUGUUCAAACCAUUGUUUUUGAAUGUCACGCUUCUGUUGUAACCUGGAUUGAACCUCCUCAGGUGGAAUCACCUGUGGGAUCAAUGCCUGAUUUGCUACAGGCACCGUAGCACGGGUCUGCCUCGAUAAUAAACGUUGAGGGGGUGAACCCAAAAUGGGGUAACGUGAGAUGUUGCGUAAGUUGAGCAGAUCCAGAAAUACAUCGGAUUUAGCUCUGUGUGAACGGUCCAUGAGCUAUUUGGCACUUUUGACAGCUCGUUCAGCCAGCCCAUUAGACUGUGGAUAUUCAGGGCUGCUGGUAAUGUGGCAAAGAUUCCAGCGUCUAGCAAACUCCCUGAAGUGUUGGCUGAUGAAUUGUCAGUUAGCAGUCUGCCCGGAGAUCCGUGGACUGAAAAAUGGCGAGAUAACUUCGAAAUCACUCUGUUGGAAGUGGGGCUGCUAAAAAAGUCAAUGUCAAACCAUUCUGAAUACAAAUCGAUGAGUACCAGGUACUGCUUGCCAUGCCAAUCAAAUAUGUCAGCUGCCACUGUUGACCACAGGAGUGCAGGUAAAAGAAGUGGUUGCUUUUGUUGGUGAGGUGCCAAGCUGUUGCACACUGCACAGGAUGCCACAUUCUUGGUGAUGUAGUCGGCCAUGCCAGGCCAGUAAAACAUGCUUUUUGCCCGUGGGACAGUAGCAUCAGCGCCUGGGUGCCCUGCAUGGACAGCAUUAAAAUACCGGUUGUGCAGCAAAGCAGGAAUCACAACCUUGUGUCCUUUUCAAAUAAUGCCAUCCUGCAGCACUAGCUCAUCAUGGACGACAAAGAAAGGCCGGACUCGCAGCAGAACGUUGUAGUGUUUGUCUGACGGAGGUAACCCAUCAGCAGCUGUGCAGGCAACUAAAUCUUCCAUACAGGACGAGGGGAUAAAAGACAGGACCAUUACAAUAAAGUCAUCAUUCAGCGAGGGCGGAUUCGCGCAGGUCUUCCGGGUGCACGCGAGAGAGUGUCAGCCAGGUACAUAUCCUUACCGCGUUUGUGGAUCAGAACAAUGUCAUAUUUUUGAAGUUGCAGCAACAUCCGCUGUAGGCUCGCUCGAGAGGCGUGGAUCAGUUUGUUGAAAAUGCUGAUCAGAGGUUGGUGGUCAGUUUCAAUCGUGACCGUGAGACCAAAGAUGAAAUCGUUGAAUUUCUUGCAGGCGAAAACAUCCGCCAACAGCUCUUUCUCAAUUUGGGCAUAUCGUUGUUCUGUGUCGGUCAUGGUGUGCAAGGCAUAGGCAACAGGUUUCUCUAUAUCUGCAUGUUUAUUUGAACAUUUGUUGAGUAUGUCUGGAGCUACAGAGGAGCAGUCUUGUAUAUAUGUUCUCACAUAAUCCCUUACUUGGAGGUAUCUAAAAUAGUUAUUGGUGUUCAAUUCGUAUUUCUCCUGCAAUUCUUGAAAGGAGGAAAGAGUCCCCUUCUGAUAAAGGUGUCCCACAGUAUUGAUUCCCUGAUUCUUCCAUUGAACAAAAACCGCAUCUAGGGUAGAAUGUU